CUAAAGCCGGUUGUGGAGGAGAGCUCGGCAGGAGCAUGAUUCGACAUGGUUAGAGGUGAUGGCUAGAGACUCAAGACUGACCCGUCCCCGCCUCCGCUUCUAUCUUAUUCUAGGUUGGGUCAGCCUCACAAACAAAUUCCGCAAACUGCGUCCUCAUAAUAAAAGACACCGAUUGCCCGGCGCGCCGACUGACUUUCCUGGCUACUCUGUGAGAAAAGAGGACAAGGACACCUGGCGAGGGUUUGUGCGGAGACAUGUUAACAGCUGCGUUUGCAUUGAGCGCUAUCCUCACUGCUUUACCAGGCUCUGGGGGUAGCAAGUGGACUGUGUCCUUCACCCGGAGAGAGAUCUGUGUCUGGGCUGGGACCACUGUCACUCUCCCUUGUUGGUAUGACUACCCAUCAGGACACACUGUCAGGAGGGUGAUGUGGUUCAGGGUCUCUGGCCGGAGGGAGUUUGCCCACCACUCUGACUCCAGCUUGGUUAGCAUGUCUUAUAGAGGAAGGACAAAGUAUACAGGCAGCCAUAAAAGCUGUGGGAUCCAGAUCACCAACGUGAAGCUUGGCGAUGCUGGACAGUACCACUUUAGGUUUGAGACAGACCACCCACAGGGACGAUGGACCUCUCCAGACACCGUCUCGCUCUUUGUCACAGAGCUUCAGGUUCAGGUCCAUCCUGCGAGGACAGCCAACAUGUUUGGGUCAGGAGAGACAGUGUACCUGGGCUGUAUGGCCAGAGGCUGUGCUGCAGAAGGGAGGAGUCUUGCUCUCUACAGGAACGGCAUCAACCUGGGAUCACCUGAGAAGUGGCUGACCAUCUACAACUUUGACAGCCAGCACGCUGGUACCUACACCUGUCGCCCAAUCCCCCCACAGAAUGUCCAGUCUCCAUCGCUGGCCUUGGCUCUGGGACAUGCUCCUCGUUCCACAGUGAUUGAGGUGAGUCCCAUGGGUGUGGUAGUGGAGGGGGUCUCUGUGACUAUGACCUGCAGCAGCAGUGGGGCUCCGGCGGUGGAGAGCUAUGCCUGGUUUAAGGACAGGGAGAGUGGCAGCAUUCCAGACAGCUUCAGACCCCAGCUCCACCUGAAGAGGGUGUCCCACACCGACCGGGGAGAGUACUUCUGUGUGGCACGCAACCCACUUGGUACAGAGAGGUCCAAACCUGUCCUGCUCAACGUCACAUACUCUCCAAAGAGCACCAAGGUGUUGGUUAGUCCAACAGGAGACAUCAAGGAAGGCUACUCUGUCAACUUGACCUGCAGCAGCAAGGCCCACCCCCCAGUGGAUCGCUACGCCUGGUUCAAGAUCAUGGGGGGUCAGACCUGGGCCAAAGGGUCAACACAGAACCUCUCCUUCUCCAGCGUCCGCUCACAGAACGGAGGACAGUACUACUGCACGGCCUGGAACCAACACGGACAGGGGAGCUCCUCUGUUUUCACUCUCGCCAUUCUCUAUGCCCCUAAGAACACAUCUGUGUUUGCGCAGCCCUCCAGUGUGAUCGACGCGGGCCGUCCUCUGACUCUGACCUGCAGCAGCCAGGCCAACCCGGCGGUGGACAACUACACGUGGUUCAGGAUCAAUGCGGCUGACGCCUGGGUAACGCGAUCGGGCCCCAGCUACACCUUCGCUGAGGUCAGCCCCGGGGAGAGCGGCCAGUACUACUGCGAGGCACGCAACCGUAUCGGCGUCCACAGCUCGCCUGUCCUCACUGUCAGGGUCAGAGGCAGACUGAAGGUUAUCGCCCUGGCCUCAGCUGUGGGCGUGUCUGCUGGUCUCAUCACUCUCACUGUGGCCAUCAUGAUCAGCAAAAACAUGCACAGAGUAGACAUGGAAUAUCCAGAGGAAAACAAGAAGAGGCCAUCGGUGACAGCUGACAGCCUGUUCUACGAGUCAGUCCAGCAGACCCUUCAGCUGAGGACUGGCAAGAUGUCCGACAUCCCGGAGGAGCCAGAGGAGGUGUAUGAGAGUGCCCAUCCCUCCAUCGUACCCCUGAAGGAUGCUCCACCCUGCACAGAGGCAGACAGCAUCCUCAACUAUAUCACCGUGCAUUACUCCAGGAUCCCCAGUCUGGACCAGAUUCAAGUUCCAAAUGUACCACUGGAUGGCGAUAAAGAGCCAAAGGAUGCUGCCAAUGUUGUUUACACUGUCCUGGCCAGACCACACCAGUAGUUGUACAGAUGAGAACUGUAGCUCCAAAUGAGUGACAUCGCCAGAAGGAUCUCUACCAUCUACCCCUGAACUGCUUCUGAGCUGGACUGCUCAUUCUAAGCCAAUUUACUGUUUUAUCUAAUUCACUACAAAGUCUAAUUUACUAGGAAUAGUUAAAAUAGUUAUUGUAAUUCAUUUGGCAUUAUAAGUGGCAUUAUAACUAAUUUAUUAGCAUUUAACGUUUUACUAGUAGUGGCCAGAUAAUGAAAUAUUCCAAUAUCAGAAUCAUCCUAAAAAUGUAUCUUUUUCACCCUCAGAAGGAAGUCAUUUUGGCCAUUUUCUCUCUGGGUUCUCUCAAUCUCCUCCAUUAGAUAUCAUUAAAAUGUAACAUACUUUAAAAAUGAAGUUUGGUAUGCAUCAUCCCUCAUGCUAGUUUAAUGGAGGAUGUGUGUAAAUGUGUUACUAAUCACAUCUUAUGUUUAGGGUAUGGUUGGUAUGUCCCAAAUUGCUUGUUGAAAUAGCUUGUUGUCAAAUAAACAUUUUUAAAUGAAGAAAGAAUUGCUAGAUGUAUUAAAGACAUUUAUCAGGUAGACACUUACCCUGUUUAUUCUGAUCUAUCAUGGUGUGGAUGUCAGUACUGAGUUAUUGAUUAAUUAUUGAGAUAUGAACUAUGUACUACUUUUCAUAACAGAUGAACACGGAAAUACUGCAGAGAUCAGAGGGGAUAUUUGAUAUUGUUCUAAUGUCAUUGCUGUGUUACCCUGAUGGUGAAAUUCUUUCUGAAAUGAUGAACCUCAAAGGAUAGGGCUGUAUCUCAUCUGAGAUUACAGAGUAACUCACUCAUCUAAUGAAUAAUACAGAAGAGGCCAUGAUAUGGUCAUCUGAGUCUGCACCAGAACGUGUACAGUUUUACCCAUGGUGUCUCAGAGGGAGAUGGGAUAUACAAAAAACACAUUUCAAUUCACACAUGUAUAAUACACACUUGUACGUGUGUGAAAUAUUAUCAUCAUCUCGUCAACAUAUUGAAUGUCUCUAAAUCGCCAAAUCUAUUCCCUGCUUGCAUAGAAAAGUUAGAUGACCUUCCCUGUCAACCUUCAGUCUCAACUUCUGCAUUCUGCUUGUGAAAUUGUUAUUAUCACAUCAGUCCAUGGUAUUUGCAUGGUCAUUUGCUGACCAGUCUCAUUCUGUGGACAUGCUCUGCAGAUAGUUGUUGGUGUUGCUGUUUGAUGCGAUGUGGCUCUUUGAAACAACCAGUAUGAUUACUCUCAAGUUGCCAGGUGAGUAGAUUAUAUAUUUUUUGUUUGAUACUCUAUCAUUCUGUGGAUGCCAGUAUUCAGUUAUGAAUAAAUUAAUGAUAUAAACUGUAUAUUGUAUAUGGCUCAUUAGAGAUGAGCAAGGAACUGAUCAGAGGGGAUAUUUGAUACUGGUCUAAUGCUAUUGUUGUUACCUUGAUGGUGAAAUAAAUAUUUAUCAAAUGACUAACCUCAAGGGAAAGUAAUAUAUUAUUAUCUAAGAUUACAGAUUAACUAACUCUUUAGAUCAACAAAAAUACAGAAGUGACUGAUAGCCUGUUUGUGCACCAGCAUGUGAAGAGUAUUACUGUAUCUUUCAAAUUAACAUAUCUGAAGGUAGACCCCUUUAGGAAUGCUAUAUUAUAUUUUCCUACCUUUAAAAAGGGCAAAUCGGUACUGUACAUAUGAGUGUUGUAGAUAAGUGUGAUAACUGUUUUUUGAGGGAGUAAUUGGAAAAUGACAUUCAAUGAUACAACACCAUAGCUCCAUGUGCCUUAACAAGUUGAGGGUAAGGUCAUCUAAACCCUUAACCUGUUUACAUUAUGUGGAACACUGAGCUGAUGAGCAAGCACCAACCUUUUGAAGGUUAAACAACUGGGUUUUAUAUUUUGACUAGGUUGAUGUCCAGGGACAGUUAGUGAAAAACAUAGGUCAAUCCAACCCUAUUGUGGUAAGAAAUAUGGAAACAGUGGUUAACAUUGAGAGAUUUAUUCAUCUCUGAAUCUACAUUUCUCUUGGUAUGUGUGUGUAUUUUUGAUACUCACUCCCAUUAAUAGAAGUCUAACCUUUAUUAUCAUUAUAGUAUUACCAUACUAAUUGGAUUCCACAACCCAGAAUGAAGGGUUUGAAAUUAUGAAGUGUCUGUUUUUUUUCUGUGUUGAUUUCCAUUACUUUAAUAGGAGUAUAGAAUAUUUUGAUAUAGAAGCUAAAAUCUAAAUGCUUACAUUAAAAUGUAAUGAUUAUUGUCACACAAGUGAUGAGGAUGGAAUGUAAUGGACAUUUAAUGUUUGUGCUUUCCUUAUAACUAAUUUCUGUGUUCAAUUCAUGUGCUGUUAUAUAAACCAAUUUAUGUGUUCAUGCAAGUGGUUGACUGUACAAAUCCUCACUAUCAGUAGCUGAAAUUUGGAAGUACGCCCAGACCUUGUUUUGAAAGAUAUCUCAGUUUCAAGGUCUCAGCUUAGAGAGAUGAAGCCUCAUGAGGUAUUGGUCUGUCACGUGUUAUGAACCAGUAUUGGUCUGUCACAAAACACUAAUGAUUAAUUAUGCUACAUCAUGCAAAUAUAACUUGUCUGCGUAUAGCCGUAUAGAAGACAACUAUUGGGACUGCCCAGGCAGAGCUCCUGAUUGACAUGUGUACUAUGAUGUUUUGAGUUGGUUGGAACCUCUCCAGCAUGCUGACAAAUAAACAAUGAUUAAUUUAAGAUUGACUUUGAGUGUCCCUGUGAAAGAAUUUCCAAGACAUAACCAUAUCUGUCUUAUGUAACCAUACAAAAUGUAACAUAUCAUACUAAUUUGGUAUACUUGAUUGACGUUUACUAUGUUAUGUCUAGUCUAUGAGACCAGGCUUUUCUGAGUUCCUCAGAGACAGUAGUGCUUUUACUUAGGGUGAUUUUAUUGUGCUAAUUUAUCUUCCUGGUAGCAUUUUAUUUGGCUUAUUUAUUUUACUUCCAUCAGUCUCUCUGGUUUCACUGUUGUUUUCUUGCCCUAUUCAGUUUAAUUUUACCAUUUUAAUUUGUCUAGGUCAUCUAUCAUAUCUUUGUCAUUUUUAUAUAUGUAUUUAUUAUUUUACUUUUGGUUUUAAGAACUUUCAAAUGCAUUAACUUGUGCUCUAUGAAUAAAGUUUGAUUUGAUAUAGAAUUAUGCCGUACCGUAGGUCAAACAUGUCUUUCUAACAUGCAGAAAUAAGGAAUCAUUAGAGUCCUUCCUCUUACUCAAACACCAAGACAAUAUAUCAAAUUGCUUCGAAGAAGAAGUCUGUCUCAUGAUAGCAUGGUCAGCAUAAUGUUUAUAACACAUUUCUAAUGUACAGUAUUUAGCCAAAAACCUGUUUGCCUCUGCCAGUAUAGCGGACAUGAGCCGAAGAAUGGUUGCUCAUGGUCACAUGAAGCAGUAGCCCCCCUGCAACUUCAAAGUCAAUGUCUGGCCUCAGCCCAAGAGGGGAUUUCCUCUUGGUUUAAUGGUAAGAAGUUGGUUUCUUCUGCGGUAAAGUCAGGGUUUGUACCCCUUCUGUCACAUCAGGAAGCUGAAACUUGGCCGCAAGUGGAACUUCCAGCAAGGCAAUAACACCAAGCACACAUCAAAAUCAACAUGUUGCAAUUCCCAAUUGCUGGUCUAAAGUAGUGCACUAUAUAGGGAAUAGGGUGCCAUUUGGGAUGCAGACCUAGCCUGUCUGGGAUUUUUUAUUGAGAAAUGUGUUUAAAAUUCAACUGCUAAACUGUCACUCAGGCUGUCAGAACAUUACUUUUGCCAUUGUCAAAGCAGGGGGAAAUUAAACAUCUCUGCAGAAUGGAUGGCCUUCACUGGUUGUGGAAUAGAUGAAAAGUCUUCAGUCAAACAUAGAUUAUGUAGCUCCACCCUAUAGAAGAAAUAAAUA